UAUGUCUAUGCGGGGCAUCGUCAGUCGGUCUGCGGUAGAUGCCAAAGCUAACUGCGAGCAUCCUGGUGCUACAGGCUGAGGUUGAGGCUGUACCCAUCAACAUGGUUCAACUUGUGGGUUCCCUCCGAAAGGAGUUGGCUGACUCCCUCUCGACGUCCAAAGUGUUAGUGGUGGGAGCGGGAGGUAUCGGCUGUGAGCUGCUCAAGAACCUCGUCCUCACUGGCUUCAAAAACAUCGAAGUGAUUGACCUGGACACAAUUGAUGUCAGCAAUUUGAAUCGCCAAUUCCUCUUUCAGAAGAAGCAUGUUGGCAAGUCUAAAGCACAGGUCGCCAAAGAGAGUGCCUUGCACUUUUGCCCCUCUGCAAAUAUCACCGCCUACCAUGACAGCAUCAUGAAUCCUGACUACAACGUGGAGUUCUUUAAAGAUUUUAUCCUGGUGAUGAACGCUCUGGAUAACCGAGCUGCUCGCAACCAUGUGAACAGGAUGUGUUUGGCGGCCGACAUCCCUCUCAUUGAGAGCGGCACAGCAGGAUACCUCGGACAGGUUACAGUAAUCAAGAAGGGAAUGACUGAGUGUUAUGAGUGCCAACCUAAACCCGCCCAGAAGACCUUCCCAGGUUGCACUAUAAGAAAUACACCAUCUGAACCCAUUCACUGCAUUGUCUGGGCAAAGUAUCUCUUCAACCAACUGUUUGGGGAGGAGGAUGCUGAUCAAGAUGUGUCUCCCGACACAGCCGAUCCAGAGGCUUCAUGGAACCCUGAAGAAACGGCAACUCGUGCCACGGCCGCAGAAAUGGAUGGAGAUGUCAAGCGCGUGUCUACCAAGCAGUGGGCACGUCGCAAUAAAUAUGAUGCUAUCAAACUCUUCAACAAGCUUUUCAAAGAUGACAUCAUGUACUUGUUAACAAUGGACAAGCUGUGGAAGAAGAGGAAAGCUCCUACGCCACUGGUCUGGCAGCAGCUGGAGAACGCUGGGUGCCCUCGGGAGGAGUCCCCGAGUUCAGGUUUAAAGGACCAGCAGGUUCUCGGUGUUUGGGGCUACUGUAAGCUAUUCCGAGAAAGCGUGGAGACCCUCCACUCACUGUUGGCUGAGAAAGGAGACGGUGCAGAGCUCGUCUGGGAUAAGGAUGAUCCUCCUUCCAUGGAUUUUGUUACUGCAGCAGCAAACCUCCGAAUGUACAUCUUCAGCAUGAACAUGAAGAGUCGCUUUGAUGUCAAGUCCAUGGCAGGUAACAUCAUCCCGGCCAUUGCCACAACCAAUGCUGUCAUCGCCGGACUCAUUGUGCUGGAGGCACUCAAGAUUCUGGCAGGGGAAAUGGAAUCCUGCCGCACGAUCUUCUUGAACAAGUGUCCUAACCUCAGGAAGAAGUUGCUAGUUCCAUGCAUCUUGGACCCACCUGGGGCCAACUGUUUCGUGUGUGCCAACAAGCCUGAAGUGACUGUCAAAGUUAACGUCCACAAAACAAUGGUUCUCUCUCUACAAGACAAGAUUCUAAAGGAGCGGUUCGGCAUGGUAGCGCCAGAUGUUCAGAUAGAAGAUGGAAAAGGGACAAUACUCAUCUCUUCAGAAGAAGGAGAGACUGAAGCCAACAACAGCAAAUUUCUUUCUGACUUUGGGAUUCGUAAUGGCAGUCGACUACAAGCUGAUGACUUCCUCCAAGACUACACACUCCUCAUUAAUGUGUUGCACAGUGAAGAUCUCGAGAGGGAUGUAGAAUUUGAAGUGGUUGGUGAAGCUCCAGACAAAGCACCCCCACCCCAAAACAACCAGGGAGAGGUGCACAACGUCGCCAACGGCAAUAAUGAUUCAGCCCAGCCGUCUACCUCCUCUAAAGUCCCAGCAGAGGACGAUGACGUUAUGGUUGUGGACUCUGAUGAUGAUGCUGAUGCUGAGGCAUCGUCCAGCUCUGCAGCAGUCACAAGCGCCACCAAGAGGAAGCAUGCAAAUGCAGAAUUUGGCGAAACUCCCACCAAGCGCCCACGGACAGACCAGUCAAGUGCAGAAGCAGACCAUGAUGAUGAUAAUGAUGACGACAUCAUCGCUUUGGACUAAAUUCUCCUCUCGGUUCCUGGAGGAUCACGAACUACUACAAUUUUGUAUCAAGGCAGACCGUAAACUUAAACACCUUUUACAAAGAGCAUUUCUCAGCUUUUGUUUUGUUUCCUUCCUCCAGGCAUUUUCAAUACUCUCCCUGGUAUUAUCAGAUGAUUUUGUAAAUACAUUCUUAAAAUAUUUGGCUUUUUGUUAUCGUUUGUUUCUACUAACUAUAAAACAACAUAGUAUUCAAACAAAAAACAAAAUAUGUUUUGGUUUUCUUUUGUAUUUCUCGAGACGUCAAUUCUAUUUCUCAUGCUAUGUAGGUCGGGUUAUGUGCGUUGUCAACAGACAAAAGAAAUACUGUUUGAACCAAAACCAUUUUCUUUAUAUGUAAUAUUUAAUAAUAUGAUGGGAGAAAAUCAGACUUGGUGGUGUUUUUAACAGAAGCGUAAAGAAAUACAAGCUUCAGAUCUGACCUCAGGUGGUACGGCAUGAAGGCGAUGUGUGUUACCUCUUCUGUACAUCUGUUUGUUCGUCGUGGUAUUGAUGCCAUCUGCAAUGUCGGCAGUUCUUUGCCAGUCCCAUAUAACAAUUGCGAAGCAUUACAGCAGUGUAUUAUUUGAAUUUAGCAUUGCCGCCUUAAUUGAGGGCUGAACAAGUGAGUGUUUUGAAAUCGGAAUGUUGCGUUGUCAUCAGGGCUCUUUUAAGGUCACAAAUGUUGGCCAAGCGUUCACCAGACUUUUGGGAAAGUAUGCAAUCUUGAAUGAACCUUGCAAACUCUGACUCAAACGCACAGUUUACUACCUUUACCAGCAGUCGAAAAAUUUCAUCCCUCGCUGCGACGGCCUCUGAUGAUCGAUCCAUAUUCAUAUUCCAAAUUCACUCAGAUCAAUUAAAGUUACACGUUUGCUCUGGAGGAUUGCAGACGAGAUGUCUGCACCAGUGAGCUACCUAUAAAUACAAGGAUUAUUGAAAAUGUCAUACUUCAUUGUGAUCAUGUUUGUUGGAAGGUCUUGAAAGACUUUUUGGACCAAUAAACAUAGAAAAGAGAAAUUUAUAAGCAGAA